AUGCGGGCCCUCUGGGCGGCUGUGCUCUGCAGUACAGCCGGUGCCCAGAUCUACAAAUUCAACGAAGCCACCGUGCCAGAAAGCAAAUCGCUGAGCUUACUUUAUGCAUUCUUCAUCUAUGAUCCUCCGAAUGUCACGGGGAAGCGAGCUCCGGUGACUCCCUUCGUGCAGUUCAAGAGCCUGAAAGCGUCAUCCACAUCAGAGGAUUUCGACAACGACAAGCUCAAAGACUACCAGGGUCUGCAGAUUCACUUGAUAAAAUAUGAGGACUUGUGGUCGCAAGUUGACACCAGCCAGAUGUGCGCGACCUACUACGAUGUCCAGCAAGGUCUCAGCAAAGUCCAGGAUCACCUCAUUAUUCGCAGAAACAACGGGCAAAGCUUGGCCGACGUCAAUGUCUACAGGCAUCAGCUUCGGUUUGCAAAGAAGGAGCCUGACGAGAGGGUUGUCGUGAAGCAUGGUGGGGUGUACUACCUUGUCGUCUCGAACUGCGGCACCUUUGACCAGGCGACAAUCAGUGGCCAGGUCAUCGUCAAGAACCAGCAUGGCUACCUCCCAGCCAACGAGUACAGCAAAAUGCCUUUCUACGGCAUUUCCGGCCUCGUCUGCAGUGCGCUAUUCGUCAUCUGGGUGCUGCUGUGCGUGCGGUGGUGGACGCAGCUCUUCAACAUCCACCUGUGCAUUGCGGCGGUCUGCUUCCUGGCAGUAGCCGAGUCUGGGAUCUGGUAUCUCUUCCUGAUAGACUGGAAUAGCAGCGGCAUGCACAGCAACUUCCUUUUUGCCUCUGCCGUGGUCUGCUCUGUGACGAGGUCAACAGCCUCUUACAUGCUGGUGCUACUGGCUUGCCUGGGUUGGGGAGUGACGAAGCCUAUCCUAGACGGCUCCACCAUUUGCCGCAUCCUCUGCCUGUCUUUCAUAUACAUCGUGCUCAACGUGAUCCGGGAGAUCGUGUUCCUUGGCCUGCUUUUAAGGGUUUGGGGUUGA